AUGCAGGACAUCUUGCCCCGCUUCAUCCCUCCUGCCGAAGGGCGACGUCCCGUCUAUCGUCGCUUCAAAGAGGCAUGGGCUGUAUGCCUCGUCAUCGGUAGUCUGUUCACCUGGGCGAUAUUAGAUCGCUGGAGCGCGGACUCGGGUUCUGCUGCUCCUGUAAUCGGCACAACACCGAAAAAGAAAGAAAUCGCUCCAGCACCUGAGAUCCCGAACCAUACCCAUCCGACCUCUAGAAGAUGGGCGCCAAUCAUCCUCGAUAGACCUGUCGACAAUAUGCCGACCCAUUUCGCCCCGUUCAUCGCUGCGAGCAUAGGAAACCCCGACGAUAUCUAUGGCGAAGAGCUGCUUUACCCCGACUUUGCGAUCCCGAUGCCCAUUUUCGCAGAGGACGAGCACAGGCGUAGAUGGAUGUCGGAGACGAAAGGCAUAUCGGCGAGGGCGACUCUUGUCGAUGGACAGGACUACUUCCAGUACAAGGGUCAACAUGGACAGAACUUUGCGAGGGCUGAAACGCAGAUUCUGACCAACGUCACCUAUACCCCUCCAACGUCAUAUGACAAUUGGGGACCGCAAUCAUGUAUGAACCCAGGAAGCUCAUUACGAGCACUUCAUUUCGAACCUCAAAACAUUUCGGAUACAGCAAGCUCUCACGUUGCCAUCGACAACGCGCUGCUCGCACACACUUCCGAUUCAUGGUCGUUCCAGCAUUUCCUCGAUCGCGUCACCCAUGUGACCGCUCAAGCAGAACACCUGACGCGAGACCUGAACCUGACAGCGCUUACAGGGCGGGAAGGAAAUGCUCAGGGUCUGUGGGAUGCUAUCGGGUUCGAUGAGGAUCACGUGCUGCACGCGCCGGGAGGGGAAAUGUCGAUCGAAAGGUUGUUCUUCUCGUGCAAGACCCCUCUGAUACAUCCGUAUCUGUCGCUCAAGACGGCGGAACAGAUGGAACUCGCUUGGACUCGUCCGGACUUUGACGUCAGCCUGGCGGAGAAGAAAACGAUACUCUACAUGUCGCGCUCGAACGGCCUCGCGAAGAACGGUGGGCGCAAGGUCGUCAACGAGGUCGAGCUCCUGGCCGCCAUCCACCAAACUCUAGUAGAGAGAAAUUUGGAUGAAAAGCUAGUCGAAUUCGACCAGGACAAAUUCGCCGACACCCGAGCGUUAUCAAAUUACAUGUCCAAGGAGGUCGCGGCGAUCAUCGGUCCCCACGGUGGCGCGAUGAUGAACCAUCGAUGGGCCGCCCCGAACACGCUGGUCAUCGAGUUCUUCCCCACAAGCUUUUUGUACUAUGGCCACUGGGAAGAGACCUCCUUGCUGAAUCAAACAUACGCAGCGGUGGUGGUAGAGCCUGCACAUGGGACGGAUAUGGUGAUCAAUCCCGAGCAUAUCACGCGGUUGCUGCAAGAGAACUUGGGCAAGGUCAGACAGGACAGCAUACGGGAUGUUUAUUCGUGGGAGUCGGAAUAG